UCCCGUCGCUAGGACACCGGAUCCAUUCCGCAUCAGUGGAGCACGCUGGCUGGACCAUUCCAUACUGAUCUGUGAUAUGAACCUCCUCAUUACCUUCCUGCUUUUAAUAUGCGCUCAACAAGCGUUAACGGGCGAGGACUCCGUUCUCCCCGAACUUCCUCCGGGCGAGGCCCCAGAACCGAUCGUAUCCUUCAUGGAAAGAACUUACAAAGUUGGUAGAGCACGAGCCACAUUCGAUGCCGGCGAUCCCUUACUCCUGACUCCGUUUAUCGAACAGAAGAAACUUAAGGAAGGCAGGGAAGCGGCAGCCGUUGACGCCGAUUAUUUAUUACCAGACAUGGAGAGCUACGCAGGAUAUCUGACGGUCAACAAAGAGUACAAUGCAAACCUUUGGUUCUGGUACUUCCCUGUAUCAGGAAAGCCCAUUGAAGAAACUCCUUGGAUAAUAUGGUUGCAAGGAGGUCCCGGUGCUUCAUCGCUUUAUGGACUUUUUACAGAGCUCGGACCGUUUUUUGUUACUGAGGAUAAUCACUUAGAAGAGAUGAAGUAUUCAUGGGGCAAGAACCAUUCGCUUCUGUUCAUCGAUAGCCCUGUUGGAACCGGGUUUAGUUUCACGGACGAUGAUAGAGGAUAUGCUACUAAUCAGACAACUAUCGGUGAGAACCUAUACACUGCUCUGCAGCAAUUCUUGACAUUAUUCCCGGAACUCAGGAAAGCGCCACUUACAAUUGCCGGCGAAUCUUACGCGGGAAAACACAUACCUUCCUUGGGGGUACAGAUAUUAUGGCACAAAGAGGAAGACGAUCCUAUUAAUUUGAAUGGUCUAGCUAUAGGCAACGGUUUCAUAGAUCCGCUAACGCUUCAAAGAUACAGCCACUUUGUGCGCGAAGUCGGUCUCGUGGACGAUAGAGUCGCUGAUUCUAUGAACCACCUUGAAACUGCUGUAACACAGUUUAUCAACAACGGAGAGAUGCUGAAAGCUUAUGCUUACUACAACUAUCUUCUGACACUGUUUCUAUCACACUCGCGCUUGUCUAAUCUCUAUAACUAUCUACAAGAAGAGAUCAGUUUAGACGGAGCGUACAUGGAUUUCAUACAAAGGGACGAAGUGAGGCGCUCUUUACACGUUGGCAACACUAAUUUCACUUCUAUAGGAGUUGUGUACAGGAAACUGGUGCCAGAUUUCAUGGGAACUGCUAAAAUGUGGCUAGAGGAACUACUUGAGAAUUAUAAAGUCAUGCUUUACAAUGGACAUCUGGACAUCAUUGUGGCCUAUCACCCGUCAGUGAACACCUACAAUAACCUGGCAUUUUCUGGUUCGACGGAAUUCUUAAAAGGAAAGCGGUUACCCUGGUAUCAUGACGGUGAUUUAGCUGGUUAUUACCGAGUAGCUGCGAAUCUCACCGAAGUAAUGGUUCGGGGGGCCGGUCACAUGGUACCGGCAGACAAACCAGCGGCUGCACUCGGCCUCAUUUCAGCCUUUGCGCGCGGACUGCCUCUCAAUGAAGACACGGGCAGCCUGGUGAACGCUGAAAAAAAUUUGCUGCGGAAACGAGAAUUGCCGUUGAAAUAGUCAAUUUGUUGUACUCAUGUUUUGUUGCUAGAAUGCUCGGAUAUAUUAUUGCCAUUUGAUAACUUAAACCGAAUAA